CGCUGUGGCCAAACUGGGAACAUGAAGAGGAAAUCGCUCCAUGUAUUUCCGGUUGGAGCGACUUGACUGCACCUUCAAAUAGCGUAAAUACAAAGUGAAUUUACGCUAUUUUGUUGUCACAGAAACGCAUACCGUUUGAGUGAUGAAGCCGGGUAUUGAGGUAACCUCUGGUUCGGGUCGGAGAAUGUAAUCUCCCGUGGCGAAACAAACGCUGUCUCCAAAAUGAUGAGACGCACAUUAAAUGCGGUCAGUCGUGUCCUCCCUCCCCGACUGCGGCACUUCUCGGGCGGAGAAGUAACCGAAGAUGUGUCUGAAUGUGCGGCAUCUCCACAAAUCACAGAGCGCGCGUCUCUUUAUGUGCACUGGCCUUACUGUCUCAGGAGGUGCUCCUACUGCAAUUUCAACAAGUACAUAUCCAAAGAGAACAAUGACCAUAUCAUGACUAAGUGCCUUCAGAUGGAGACUGAGACACUGCUGCGACUCAGUCAAGUAUCCUGCAUCACCUCAGUGUUCUUUGGUGGUGGGACUCCAAACCUGGCCCACCCCUCCAUCUUUGCUGCAAUCCUCGAGACUGUUUCCAGGCAGGUGAAUCUCUCAGAUGAGGCCGAGGUCACCCUCGAAGUCAACCCCACUCCUGCGGGAAAGUCCAGGUUAGAGGACUACUGCCGUGCCGGGGUGAACCGAUUUUCCAUCGGGGUCCAGUCUUUGCAGGAUGAGGACUUGAAAAGUCUGGGAAGAGACCACGACUCCCACGAGGCUUUGCAGACUAUCGAAGAGGCCAGGAGGCUGUGCCCUGGUCGGGUGUCGGUGGAUGUCAUGUUCGGACGUCCCAAACAAACCGUUGAAUCCUGGGAAAUAGAGUUGUCUGAGCUGCUGAGGGUGUGUGAUGAUCACGUGUCUCUGUACCAGCUGACCCUGGAGCGAGGCACUCAGCUUUUUAAACAGGUUGAGUGCGGUGCAGUGACGAUGCCCUCCGAGGAUGUGACAGCAGAAAUGUACCAGCGCGCCAGGAAGACUCUGCACCAGCACGGCUUUCAACAGUACGAGGUGUCGAAUUUUGCAAGACAUAACUCAGUGAGUCAUCACAAUAUCAGCUACUGGAAAGGCAACCAAUACAUCGGUGUCGGCCCAGGAGCACAUGGGCGGUUUGUUCCUCUGGGGGAGGGAGGUGUUGUUCGAGAGGCCCGGACCCAGACUCUGGAGCCUGACGUGUGGAUCCGUGAAGUGCGGCAUUGGGGACACGGGACGCGGAGGCGGCUUCAGCUUGGCCAUCUUGAAUUAUUGGAGGAGGUGUUGGUGAUGGGAAUGAGAAUGACUGAGGGCAUUAAUCAUAAGCACUGGGAGAUGUUCAGCCCACAAACUGGCCUUGAUGAAGUUUUUGGUGAAUCCAUUGUCGUCCAAGAGUUGCUACAGAGCGGACAGCUGAUUCUCGAUGACAGAGGUCUGAGGUGCUCCUGGGAAGGACUGGCCUUACUGGACAGCAUCCUUCCAGCUCUCCUGGUGGAGCUGGAAAGACAAAUUUCCCCCAAAGCCUCACAGGGACCACUCUGAGUCUGCUGGCAGACAAACCAAGAACACCUCCAACCUUCAAUGACACAAAUGUUUAUAAAGCAGAUACGCUCGUGGCUGUCAAAACAUAUAAAAACCAACAGUUUUGUUUGGUACACCUUUUAAACGUGUUAGUGAAGGCUUUUCAUCAUUUUCCAUACCAUUGCAAACGUGACUUUAUCUUUAAUGAGUGCAGCCCAGCAGCGAUCGAGCAUAUUGUGUUAUGUCCGUGUUGCCUCUCCCACCGGUUAGAACGAGUCUUGGAUUUAAGUCUCCAGAUGCUUUCAUGCAGUCAUUACUACAACGGAUACACUUUGCACUAAAGCUUUAAUUGCUGCUGUUGCUGUCGUUUAAUCAUAAUUAUACCUCUGACAAUAAACAGGAAAUUGUUUUGGAUUGAUGUCAUAGUCUUUUCAGCAAAUGUACACGGUGAGUGGGAAGUUUUAGAGGGUGAACAAAUUAUAUUAUACCAAGUAAAGCCUCCGAGUAAGCAAUCAUUUUGUUCUCGGACUUUAUUGAUAUCACUGCAGGUGCUGCAUGUCUUCUCAAAUCCCUGGAAAUCAUACCAGAUGGAUGAACAUUAAUUUCCUGGUGAGUAAAGGGAUAUCUAGAUAUAUAUAUAUAUAUAUAAAAAACUCCCC